AUGGUUGCAGUAAAGUUGCCAAAGCCUGAGGAGAAGUUGCUAAAUGGCACUGCGAAUCCACAGCGCAUAGUUCAUUUAGAUCUCAAAGGAGCUGCCCCAAAAGUGAAAUACAUGGAACAGAUCUUCCCUCUGUUCUCCUCCCUUGGAGCAACUGGAAUUCUGGUGGAAUAUGAAGACAUGUUUCCAUAUGACGGUAACCUUGGUAUCCUCAGAUCCACCUUUGCUUACAGUGUGGAUGAUAUUGCAGAAAUUAAAAGACUGGCAAAGAUUAGUAAUCUUGAGAUUAUACCACUAGUUCAAACAUUUGGACACCUUGAGUUUGUUCUAAAGCAUGAAAAAUAUGUGGGACUGAGGGAGGUGGAGGAGUUCCCCAACACCCUGAACCCACGCAUCCCUCAGUCUCUGGAGCUGCUGAAGGAGAUGCUCCAACAGGUCAUGAAGCUACAUCCAGAGGCCAAGCACUUCCACAUCGGAAGUGACCAGGUGUUGGACUUAGGAAUGAGCAAGGACUCCAAGCAUGUGCCCCACAGCGGCGACAAGGACCUUGGGAAACUCUUCCUCAGUCACGUUGAUGCCGUUGCCAAGUUCAUGACCAAGACGUGGCCCGGUAUAAAACUGCUCAUGUGGGAUGAAAUGCUGAGGGAGAUUAGCACAGAUGUUUUGCAAGAAUCAGGUUUGCCAAAACUUGUCACUCCAGUGGUCUCAAAUUUUAUGCCAGAGCUGGAUAACACAGCAAUAGGCAGCUGGAUUUCUAAGUACCAAGCAGCAGGUUGCAAAGAUGUGUGGUUUGCAAGUGCAUUUAAAGGCGCAACGGCUGUGGACCAAAUGUGGACCCAGUUUGGACCUCACCUUCGUAACCACUUGUCUUGGUUAAAUAUUGUGACGGCCAUGCACAAAUACCCACAGAUAUCUCUACAAGGCAUUAUGCUCACUGGAUGGCAAAGGUAUGACCACUUCAGUGUGCUGUGUGAGCUUCUCCCUGUUGGCAUGCCUUCUCUAGGAGUCUGUCUCCAGACCUUGAAGCAUGGGUCCUUUAAUGAGAAAGCCCAGGCAGAGGUUCGCCAUAUCUUGGGCUGUGAAAUAAAGCUGGACAAAGAACUUUGGACUAAGGUCAAGUGGGACACAGUGAUACAGAAACUCCGCUCUGAAUUGGAGGCCAUCUAUUACCCUGACACGGUGGAGGAAUGGAUGGAGGAAAACGUCAACUACGAAAUGAACCAGCUGCGGAUGAUGGCGAGAAUGUCACUCUUCCUUGCACUGUCAGAGGAGAUCUUCCAGAACAAGUGCUCUGGUCCACGCCCACCGGAGACAUCAGACACAUCUCUGAACAUAUCCAACCUCACAGUAGAGGACAGUGGAGUGUACACCUGGAGAAUCAUACAAGACAAGGACAUGAUGUUUGUUUGUUAUGAGGGGAGCAUCCACCUUCUGCUCAGGGAUCCGUAUGGAGUGCACUCUCCAUUCUACAGAACAUAUGGUUCACUGCUGGGCUGUGUGCUGCUGGGACUACUAGCUGCUGUGAUCUGUUUUAAGCUAAGGAGCAGAAAAGGAGAUCUGCCAUACGGACAUCCGAGCAGAGAGAGGCAGCAGCGUGGAGAUGAAGAUCUCAGUGAUGUCAUGGAGGAGGCUGAGGAAAGUGUAUGA